ACAUUAAUGAUGGAGCAUUGGUCAUUAAAUGGUGCGGCGUGGGAUACCAUCUUGACACUAGUUUUUAUAUCCCAUAGUCAGUAUCCCACUUGUUAUAUAUAUAUAUACGGCUUCAAUCUCUUAGGUACCUUUGAUUUAAUCAUCACAACAAGAAAAAACUAUAGCAGCCGAAAGUUAACAGCAUUUUCAUUUUCCCCAUUUUCCCAUACUCCAAGAGCUGGAUUAGAUCCCAAUAACCUAAAAAUGCCCAGGGGAAGAAACUCUGACCUUCGCCAAAAUGAUCGCAGCUCCCUCCACAUCAAGGAAGACGACAAGUUCUUCUCCAAGCUCCUUUCCAAGGAGAUCUCAAGCAAGGCUCCUUCCUCCAGAGUGUACUACGGCGGGUUGAGCGGCGCAGUGCCCUUCGGGUGGGAGUCCCAGCCAGGGACCCCUAAGCAUUCUCUCUGCGACACUCCCAUGCUGCCUCCUCUCACACCUCCCCCCUCCUACUACUUCACCACUUCCACCAAGAAACCCAUGAAGACCGGCAGAACCAGUGCUACUACCCCAAGAUCAUCAUCAUCCAAUCUCCUCCGCAGCUUCUUAUACCCUAACAGAUUCAGAAAAAGUAGGACAACCCAUUUGCCAUCCUCACCAUCUUCUUCGUCAACAUCUUCAUCGUCUUCGUCUUCGUCGUCGUCUUCGUCGGAUCUGACUAGUGUUCAGAGUAGAGGUUUUAAUUAUGGAUCAUCGGCUGCUGCAGCUUUGUGUUUUGGGAUUGGGAUUUGGGAAGAAGGAGAGAGAUAAUGGGCUUCAAGGCUGCUAUUCUGCUGUGAUCAGGAAGAAAGCUCUUGUGUCCACAAUGGUUGGCGGCCAUUGAUGAUCAGUGGUACUGCCGCUGGCUAGCUAGCUAGCUCGAAGAUUAGGAUCAAUUCUCCACUUCCCUUGUUUUUGUUUUCGUUCUUUUUUUAUUUUUUGGUAGUCAUUUCGACUGCUAAAAUUAGUGGAAAUUAAUUGAUGAUUUGUGGGGUGGGAAUUGUAGUUAGCAACAGAAAUAGUAUUUAAUAAGGUUUGCUUAAUUUCCUA